GAUCUCUCUCUCUCUCCACCGUACCGCAUCGAACCAAGAUGGGCGGCUGUGAACUGCUGCACAAUCAGAUUGGAACAAGUCGCUUGUAUUUCCCUCUGUUUUUUACCUUGCACUGAGAAUGCAUUCCAUCGAUUUUUUUUUUUUGCCUUUUCUCCACUGCCAGAUCCCGUGUUUCUUUUCCAGAAGAAGUACGCCUGUUUGCUGUGCGUCUCUUCGAAGUUUGCACUAGACUCGAUAGAGCAAAUUACAGUUGAGAGAGCAUUGGAGAUAAGUUACAGCUGCCCGGACAAAAAGGGAAAGCCUACACAGAGAGAGCUUUGUUGAUUCCGUCCUCCGUCGGUAUGAUUUUUUACUAUGUACUGUAUUAAUUUUCUUACUACUUUACUACUCUGUACUACCAGUUUACACUAUUUAUGGCAUAUCCAAGAAUUCUUGGCUGGCACAUCAUCAACCGAGGCGUCCAGUAUUAUUAUUUGCGCUAGCUUGGCUGAGCAAGGCGCAUCUCCACACUGUGCGCUUCCCAAUAGGGGAACGCGACUUCAGGAGGUCGGAGAGUAUGGAAGAAAAGAAUAUAGUUAGUAGUCGUCAGUAGCAACAGCAGCAGUAAGUAACU